CAAUUGCUCGGUAGCUACCAAUAUUUAAAUCAAUACAUUGUAAUCUUAGGUUUUACGGUUUGCAAAUUACGUUUUUUUUGUGCUGGUAUCAUACCAAAGUGUGUAGAAAAUUUUAAACAAGUGAAUAAUGAAGUGGUUGAUCGUCGCAACGUUGGUGAGUGUGUCGUGCGCAGCACGCUUGGAAAACACGUAUCUGCCGCCGAAUGGUGCGGGCGGCGCUGGUGGCGGACCGAUUAUUGAACCACCAAGACCUGGCGGCGGUGGUGGUAAACCUGGUGGCACAUAUGGACCACCCGGAGGUGGAUCAGGAGGAGGUGGAGGAGGCGGCGGUGGCGGUGGAGGCGGUGGAGGUGGCGGAGGUGGGGCUGGAGGAAGCAAUCCUGAUGCAGAUGCCACUAUCCUGAGUUAUGAAAAUGAAAAUAAUGGAGAUGGCAAUUAUAAAUACAGCUAUGAAACAUCAAAUGGAAUCAAAGCCGAAGAACAAGGUGAAUUGAAAAACGCUGGUUCCGAAAAUGAAAUUGAAUCCGUGAAAGGUUCCUAUUCCUACACGGACCCAGAUGGUAAUGUCAUCACCGUAGAAUACACCGCCGAUGAGAAUGGUUUCGUUCCCAAAGGUGAUCAUCUGCCAACACCGCCACCAAUCCCUGAUGAAAUCCUCAAGUCACUGGAAAUGAACGCCGCUGAAGAAGCAGCCGGUGGUGGUGAAGGUGGUAGCGCUGGUUAUCCAAGUGGAAAUGGUGGUGGUGGAGGUGGUGGUAAUGGGGGCGGCAACGGUUACAAAUAUUAAAGUUUUCGUCACUGAUAGAAGACUAAUAUAGCACCCUGGGCACAAUCUACACCGCUUGCAACUUGAAUCAACUUGAAUCUUGAAAACUACGUAUUUAAGCUUCCAGUUCUAAUUAGUCAGAAACACACACAUAUCUUCUAUACAUCCCGAUUUUUAUUUUAUCCCCUCUAUUUUAUUCCCUGGUUCCUUAUUUCCUGGUUUUUGGAUGAUGCAGAUAUUUCUUGGAGUCUUUUUUUCGCAAAUGCACAGAAAAUGUAUUAUCGCACAUAAAUUAAGUUAUUGCAGCUUUAAUUUACUGAUGUACAAAUUGCUUUGAUCAUGUAUUAGGUAUACGCAGUACAAUGUAUGUUAUUAUCGAUAAUUAGCAAAGACAUAGUUUUAUACUUUGACAACAGUCUGUACCAUACACGAUUAUAUUUUAUUCACACGAUAUUUGUAACACAAAUUAUUCGUAUGUGUUGUGUUCAUUUUUUAAGUUGCAUGCAUUUUUUAAAUAAAAUGAUAUGAGUAAUAUACAA